CGUCCUUUUGUCCGGCUGAGGAGCUCGACCCGGUGCGGCCUGAGCGGCGGCGGCGGCGGCGGCGGACGCGGCCGGCGCAGGAUAUGAAGAUGGCAAGUCCAGGUAAAAUUAAACAGAAGAUAUUAAAAGCAAAAAAAACAAUGCCUGUAAGUUGCCGGAAGCAAAUAGAGGUCCUGAAUAAGUCAAGAAAUGUUGACACUCUGAAGAAAACUAUGGGGAAUAAUAGUCCAACUGGUAAUGAGAAUUUAAGUACUGUGGUUAUAAAUAGCAAAUACAGGCAUUCUGAACAUGGUAGUUUCUCACUGGAGUCUAACAAAAAACUAGUAUUUUCACAGAAAAAUGUGCACCCUAAGAAUAUACAACCACUAGAAGAAAUUAUUGAUUCAAAAACAAGAUUGGAAAGUGUUGCUGCCCAAGUCACAUGUCUUUAUCAAAAGCCAAGAAAAGCAAUAGAUUCCCUCAGCAAAUUAUCUGUACAGGAGACAAAACCUUCACAGAAAACACACAAAACUCAUUGUAAAGACCAGGCAAAUGGAACAAAAUCCAUUUUUGAAUAUGAAGAGAAUUAUAAUAAACCUACUUGCUGUCUUCCUGCUGUAUUGAGUGGUAUAGUUCAAAACACCUUGGAUAAUGAGAGAAAUGAUAAAAUGAUUUCCAAUUUAAAAAGAAACUCCAAUUCAGAGUCUCAUGAGAAAAGGCAAAAUGGCAUUUUAAGUGUAGAUUCCUGUUUUGUGCCAGCUGAGAAAACACCUAACCUGGUCAGUUCAGUCAGCACCAGCAACUAUGCUGCUUCCAAUUCGAAGACUGAAGAACCCUGUAGACCCCAUACUGUCAACAUUUCAAAUUGUAAGCCUGCAGACUCAUCACUUGACACUGUUUGUAUUAACAGCCAUAAUCAAAAGAAGAGGAUGUUUUCAGAAAACAAAGAAAAUGUUAAACGCAUGAAAACUUCAGAGCCAAUUAAUGGAAAUAAUUGUGUAGCUCUGGAUAAGCAGACCGCAAUACUAGAACUGGUCAGACAUGUGAUUCGACAGGAGGUACAUAGUAUAGAUUACAAACUAUUUGAUAGCAAACUGAAUGAAUUGAAUGACCGAAUUGGGAAGACACAGUGCAAGAGUAAACAUGAAGCACUAGCUGUUCAACUCUUCGAGAAAAUAUCACGGUUAAAGAGACGUAUUAAAACGGUAUUACAUCAGAUAAAUUGUCUGGAGCCAGAGACAUUGUCCAGUAACACAGCACAUGAGACUUCAAAGGCAGAAACUAUGACUUUGGGUGAGAAUCAAAAGUCAGUUGAUAAUCCAAAUGAAAGAACAACUUCUGUGAACUGUGCACCUGUUAAAGCAAGUAGAAGGAUGAAUUCAUCGCCAGAUUGUGUGGAGUUUGUUCCCAAAAGUAACGAUGAUGUUAUGUUGAUUUCUGUGGAGAGUCCUAAUGUAACAACUCCAGUUACAUCAGAUCCAACAGAUAUUAGAAAAAUUACAUCAAACAAUUCCAGCAACUCAUCUAAUGAUGAAAUUCAAGUUAGGGCUGUCAGGAAGAGGAAGCUUGGUUUUGUUAUUGACUUAACAUCAGAAGACCUGUUCAACAGCAACACAGAAAUUCCAGAAGUCACCCUUGGGUCUUCUCACAAACCUGUUUCAAACUCAGAAGAAAAGACUUCAAUGGCCAAAAAUGGAAGUGAGAAUUUAGAUGCCUUUGAUCACCUGCCACCUCUCCCAGAAGCACCAUUACCGCUCCCUGAGCUGGCAGACAAGAGCCGAGACACACUUCCUCCCCAGAAGGCUGAGCUGAAGGUGAAAUGGGUGCUGAAACCCCUGGGCAUUGCCCUGACUUGGAAUAUCAGCAAGAUCAACCCCAAGUGUGCUCCCGUGGAGAGCUACCACCUCUUCCUGUGCCAUGAAAACGCCAACAGUCAGCUGAUUUGGAAGAAGAUUGGAGAAAUUAAAGCUUUACCUCUCCCGAUGGCCUGCACUUUAUCUCAGUUUCUGGUUUCCAACAAAUACUACUUUACUGUGCAGUCCAAAGAUAUUUUUGGGCGAUAUGGACCAUUUUGUGAUAUAAAAUGUAUUCCUGGGCUUUCUAAAACCCUUAAGAGUCUUUAGGCUAUGUAUUCCAUGUUGUUUUCUUUUUUCAUAUUUGUUGUUUACAGUGUUGCUGUGAUACUAUUUGUUAUUUUGCCGGUGAUACUAUUUGUUAUUUUGCCGGGCCAGUUCAGACCGAACCCUUUUAUGGAAAUAGUUUUCCUUCCCAUAUUGUGAGUUGUAGUUUCAUGAUCUUCUAAUUUACAUUCAGUACAUUCUCCAGUGUAUAUGUUCUCGAGCAUACAUGAUUGUGAACCAUGUUGCUAUGUUCUAAUUCCUUUGAUGCCUAUGGUGCUGCUACUUAUGUGACCUGCUAAGGGUCAGGGUUUUUGUUAUGAUUGUUGUUGUUUGUAUAUUUAUUUAAAAAACAAUCGCUGGGCACCCGUCACUCAUAGCUAUAAUACUAGCUGCUCGAGAGACUGAGGUCUGGAGUUGGAAACUAGCCUGGGUAGGAAAAGCCACAAGUGGAGCCAUGGCUCUGAGUUCAAGUCAAUCGACACAUCCUUCUCUACCCCAGAAAAGCUAUGGAGUCAGCCCUUCACUGAGGCCAGAUCGUGCCUGCAGUACAUCUUCAGGAAGAUUCAUGCAAAUGUCUUCCUAUUCUGUUUCAGUUCUAAGAGGGCUGCAGAUUUGGGCCCUUUCUCUUUAUUUAUUUAUUUCUUUUUAAAAAUUAAUUUAAUUUUAUUGUAAAGGUGAUGUACA